AUUAUUUGUUAGCAGAAAAACAACUGUAUUCUGUUCUCCAAAACUCCCCUUUUGGCCUUUUCUGUUCCCGGUGCUCUUGCUUCCCUCUAUUUCCUUCUGAAUGCUAUUUCAAUUGAAACCUAAUCUGCCACUUUCUCAUUCUCCUUGCACUCUCCAUUCCUUCACUUCCCCUCUCUCUGAUUCUCGCGGCAAAAUCAACUGAUAAUGCAUCUUGCGCAAAGACUCGCCAAAUCGACAAGCUAGGGUUUCCUCCAGAAAAUUCGGUUCUCGCCGGGGUUUUGCGGAGGAGACGCAGUCGCCGGCAGCAAUGGCCACCAGCUUGCAGAUGAGCCCUCAGGUGGAGCAGAUCCUCGGCGAAAUCCGCGAUAACUUUCGAUUCCUGGCAAAUGGCUUCCAAAGGCUUGAUAAGAUUAAAGAUUCCAAUAGACAAAGCAAGCAGCUGGAAGAACUCAAGGAUAAGAUGGUGGAGUGUAAAAGGUUGAUAAAGGAGUUUGAUCGAGAAAUUAAAGAUGAAGAGGGAAAAAAUCCCCCAGAAGUGAACAAGCAACUUAAUGAUGAAAAGCAAUCAAUGAUCAAGGAACUAAAUUCAUACGUGGCUCUGAGAAAAUCGUACCUGAAUACCCUUGGUAAUAAGAAAGUUGAACUUUUUGACAUGGGAGCAGGAACAAGUGAACCUACAGCAGAACAAAAUGUUCAACUAGCAUCAGAAAUGUCUAAUCAAGAACUUAUCAAUGCUGGGAUGAAGCAAAUGGAUGAAACUGAUCAGGCUAUUGAAAGAUCUAAACAGGUUGUUCAUCAAACAAUCGAAGUAGGCACCCAAACUGCUACUACCUUGAAGGGCCAAACUGAACAAAUGGGUCGGAUUGUUAAUGAGCUUGAUUCAAUUCAAUUUUCAAUUAAGAAGGCCUCGCAGCUUGUGAAGGAGAUUGGCAGACAGGUAGCUACUGAUAAGUGCAUCAUGCUGCUUCUGGUGCUUAUUGUCUGUGGUGUCAUUGCCAUUAUUGUUGUGAAGAUUGUGAAUCCCCACAACAAAGAUAUCAGGGAUAUCCCAGGGUUAGCGCCUCCUGCUCCAAGCAGAAGACUUUUGUACCUAAGGACUGAACAUUUUGAUUAACUCUUUUUUACAGUUCUAUCCAUCCUAAUCCUACCAACCGUAUUCUUGGUUACCAUGGACUACGAUGAGAUAGUCGGAAGAAAGAAUUUCUUGCCGGAGUUGUGCAUAUUCUGUUUGUGAUUCUAUGUAAAUCACACGAGCUUCUCUUGCUUUGUUUUUAGUGCCAUGUUUCUUUAUGUAUCAUUCCCGAGAUGUUGUAGGGUUAGAAAAAAUAAUUUGCCAGUGUGGGAUCUACGGUGUACAUGUCCAAUUCAAAGGAGAUUUGCGUUUUCUUUUCUUCUUUUUCUUUUUAUUGUUAAAUUUAUUAUUUUUCUUUCUUGUCUCAUGGAUUGGGUCUUGUAAAUUACAUUUAUUCCAGCGUGUGUUUCCUGCUCUUCAUAUUUUUAUUUACUCAUGAAA